AUGACACAUCAAAAUUUAAUGAACAACUACUUCAACCCCAACCCGAUAUACAACGAAAAGGAUUUCAGACCUCGGUUUGGGAUGAGGCAUCAUGUUGUCGAGCGUUUACUUCAUGAUGUCCAACAUGUAAAUCCAGACUUUCAAUAUAAACUGGAUAGAGCAGCCCACCCUGGUUUUUCACCUCAUCAGAAGGUUACUAUUGCACUUCGAAUGUUGGCCUAUGCCUCCCUAGCUGAUGCGAUAAAUGAUAUAUAUGGUAUGUUUGAGUCUACAAGCCUUGAUAAUCUUGUUGGAUUAUGUGACACAGUUGUUCAGCUUUACAAAGAGGAGUACCUCCGUGGUUUUUCGGGCAUGAAAGGGUUAUUAGAUUGCAUGCAUUGUCAGUGGAAGAAUUGUCCCACCGGAUGGUAA